AUGGCUUCUAUUCUUCGCGCCCUGCGACCUUUGUCGCGUACCCCUACAGUCCGUUUGGCGGGCAAGCGACUAGCUCCCGGCCGACCUAUCCAGAGUGCAUAUGCUUUCUCUACCACCCCGCGUCGAUGGGACGACUCCGAACUCACACCCACCCCGAUCACCCUUUUGUCCGACACGGAAGCUAUGAUGUCCGAGAUGGUCUCGAAGUUCGCACAGGAGCAGAUUGGCCCAAAGGUUCGGGAUAUGGACGAGGCCGAGACCAUGGACCCCAAGAUUGUGGAACAGCUCUUCGAGCAGGGAAUCAUGGGUAUCGAGGUGCCUGAAGAAUUCGGCGGUGCGGGCAUGAACUUCACCGCAGCGAUUGUCGCGAUCGAGGAGCUUGCCCGCGUCGACCCCAGUGUCAGUGUGUUGGCGGAUGUGCACAACACUCUGGUCAACACUGCGAUCAUGAAGUACGGUGAUGCCCAGGCUCAGCGCACAUGGCUCCCCAAGCUCACCACCGGCACUGUCGGCUCGUUCUGCCUUUCCGAGCCUGCGUCUGGCUCUGAUGCCUUUGCGCUCCAGACAAAGGCUGAGAAGACUGCUGAUGGUUACAAGAUCAAUGGAUCUAAGAUGUGGAUCACCAACUCAAUGGAGGCGGGUAUCUUCAUCGUCUUUGCCAAUAUUGACCCUAGCAAGGGUUACAAGGGCAUCACUGCCUUCAUUGUUGAGAAGGAUACUCCCGGUUUCUCUAUUGCGAAGAAGGAGAAGAAGCUUGGCAUUCGUGCCAGCAGCACUUGUGUGCUGAACUUUGAUGACUGCGUCAUCCCCAAGAGCAAUCUGCUCGGUGAGGAGGGCCAAGGUUACAAGUACGCUAUUAGUGUGCUGAACGAGGGUCGCAUUGGUAUUGCUGCCCAGAUGACUGGACUUGCUCUUGGCGCAUGGGAGAACGCCGCUCGAUACGUGUGGAAUGACCGUCGCCAAUUCGGCGAGCUUAUCGGUAACUUCCAAGGCAUGCAGCACCAGAUUGCCCAGGCAUACACUGAGAUCGCAGCCGCACGAGCUCUUGUGUACAAUGCCGCCCGCAAGAAGGAGGCUGGCCAAGACUUUGUCCAAGACGCCGCCAUGGCCAAGCUUUACGCUUCCCAGGUCGCUGGUCGUGUUUCUAGCUCUGCUGUUGAGUGGAUGGGUGGCAUGGGCUUUGUCCGUGAGGGCAUUGCCGAGAAGAUGUUCCGAGACAGCAAGAUCGGUGCUAUCUACGAAGGCACCAGCAACAUCCAGCUGCAGACUAUCGCCAAGCUUCUUCAGAAGCAAUACACACAAUAG